AUUGGGAUGUGAGAGAAAAGUUUUCUCACUGUCAGUUUGUUGUUAUUACCGGCCAUUUUGUGAGUUCAAACGGUUUAAAGCGAACAAAAACAUCAAUAACCAAAAAAGAAUCGUACCUUGAGUGGUUGAAGAAACAGUACCGUAUCGGGAUAUAGAGGGAGGUGUCCCCGUACGGACAUUCCUCCCUCCUCCUUUUCUCUGUAAACCACUUACCUUCCCUCCCCCACACCCGAGGGAAGUGCAGUGGUUGGGGGGGAAGAGUUCUAGCAGCCAUCAUUCCAUAACUCCGAGUGGAUACACCGUGAUUGCAAAUACAGAGGCCCCCCAAAGGGGCAGUAAAUGAGCACUCAGGUCACCCGUAUCACUAAUUCCUCGAGGGACAAGAGCGGGAGCCUCGGGCAGAGUUCCCUACACCUUGUCAUUCCCGGGAUCUACCGUGACUCCUACUGGAAUCCAUGUUGGACAAACUGACGUAAAAUAGAAUAAAACACAUUUUUUGUUAAACUUUUCUACCUCAGGAGUUUCUACUCUUUUAAAAAUUGUAUGCAAAGCGUAUUGAGCAAGAGGAUUAAUGUUGGACAAUUAACUACAUGCCGUUGAAGUAAAAUUCCAUCACAAAAAAGUUGACGGACUUUUUUUUAAUACCUCAGAAUGCACUUUUAAUCGACGUUUUAUGUAAUAUUCGACGCGAAUUUUUGGGGGGUGUUUUAUAAAGUUGUUUGACCUUUUGUGUUGUUGCUGCCGUAAUGGAUACAGGGCCCCAACAACCAUCAUCUGGCGCUGCCCCCCAGCCCCCUCCUGCGGGGCACCAGAUAGUCCAUGUAAGGGGAGAUUCCGAGACCGAUCUGGAAGCGCUUUUCAAUGCAGUGAUGAACCCAAAGACGGCCAAUUUGCCACAAACAUUGCCCAUGAGGAUGAGGAAGCUGCCAGAUUCCUUUUUCAAGCAACCCGAGCCCAAGUCUCACUCCAGACAGGCCAGCACAGAUGGGGGAUCUGCAGGAGCGCUAACACCUCAGCAUGUAAGAGCUCAUUCCUCUCCUGCGUCCUUACAGAUAGCAGUAUCACCAGGUACUAUCUCAACACAAGGGGUAGUUUCUGGUCCUGGAACUGGAGCACCAGCUCAGCAUCUACGACAGUCCUCUUAUGAAAUCCCAGAUGACGUUCCUCUGCCUUCUGGAUGGGAGAUGGCAAAAACUCCUUCAGGACAACGAUACUUUUUAAAAUUUUUCAUGAAAAAUCCAAUUGAACAUGAAAUAUUAAAUGAUAAGAAGGGCUUCCAUCAUACUAACCUUAAAGCCAAAUCUAAAUUCUUCCCCACUAACGAAAAGGGAAGGAAUAUUGAAAUGUUCGAAAAAGCAGUUAAAAAAGAUACUGAAGUUAUGGAUCUAAGUAAAAUGACUUAUAACUUAACAAAAAAUGAAAAUGACACCCUAAAAGAAUUACAAAGAAACCCCCAUAUUACCAAAAAAAAAGAAAAUAAGGGGGUUGGUAUUGUCAUACUUAACACAGAUGAUUAUAUUAAAGAGGCAAAUAGAUUAUUGUACGAUAAAGAAACCUAUAGAAAAAUUAAAUCCAACCCAACAAUCAAAUUAACUAAAGAACUUAAUACUCCACUUAACAAGGCGUAUAAUGUAGGAAUUAUCAAUGGUCCACUACCUGAUGGGUGGGAGCAAGCGUUGACUUCUGAAGGGGAGAUAUACUACAUAAAUCAUAAGAACAAGUCCACGUCUUGGCUAGACCCACGAUUAGACCCACGUUUUGCUAUGAAUCAGAGACUCAGCCAAAAUGCCCCAGUGAAAUCCCCACCUCCACUAGCCCCACAGAGCCCCCAAAGUGCAGUAAUGGGAGGAGGUGGCAAUCAGCAGCAGAUAAGGCUCCAUCAACUUCAAAUGGAAAAAGAGCGCCUCAGACUCAAGCACCAAGAACUGCUUCGGCAGGAACUGGCGCUUCGAAAUCAGCUGCCUGCCAUGGAACAAGAAAGUGGGACGCCAAAUCCAGUGACUUCACCAGGUUUGCCUCAAGAAUUGCGAACAAUGACCAUAAACAGCUCUGAUCCUUUUCUCAACAGUGGCACAUACCACUCCAGAGAUGAGAGCACAGAUAGUGGAUUAAGCAUGAGUAGUUACAGUGUACCCAGAACUCCUGAUGACUUUCUUAACAGUGUUGAUGAAAUGGACACAGGUGAUGCUAUCAGCCAAAGUACUAUGCCCACCCAACAGAACCGAUUUCCAGAUUAUUUGGAAGCACUUCCAGGAACUAAUGUGGACCUUGGUACCCUAGAGGGAGAAGCAAUGAAUGUGGAAGGUGAAGAACUGAUGCCAAGUCUUCAAGAAGCUUUGAGUUCUGACAUCCUUAAUGACAUGGAAUCUGUUCUGGCAGCCACCAAACUAGAUAAAGAAAGCUUUCUUACAUGGUUAUAGAGGCACGUUUAUAAAACUGUGGGCCAAGUCUCCUAAGGAUAUAAAAAUCUACAGUGCUGUAUGCUCAAUUGAAAAAGAGUGUAUGACAGACUAAAUCUCUUUUAAAAAGAACAAACUGUGAGCAUUGAAAGACAUCAUUUCCGCCUUGUUUUCCUCUCCCAUUGCUGCUUCAAGAUUUCAGAAAUGUAUCUCAUAACUGAGAGCCUAAAGAGCCAACCAAUUUUCUUAAUUUUUAGCUGCCUUUUAAUGUAUUAGUGUUGUAUAAAGAUCUGACUGAUUAUUGGAUGGAUAAAUAAUGGAUAACGGCAAUGUUUGGAAAUAUCAUUUUUUUAGGAGAUCAUUACCAACCUGCCUACCAUUACAAGAGACUAAGGAAAUAUUGCCCUGAUAUAGAUGACUUUUGUAUAAAAAUAAUAUAUAUUAUUGGAUUUUAGAAUUAGUAUAGCAGCAAUGGUACCCUGUCAUGAGGAGUACAUGCUCAGUUCUUUAUCCAAGAUCAGUUGAUGGUUUUUAAACUAAGAAAUAUUGAGGGCAACACAUUGAUGUAUAAUAAAGUUACAGAAGAACAUUUUUAUAUACAAAAUUUCAUUAGAUUAUUACAAAAUUAUUUUUUGUGAUGAAUUGAUAUAAAACAUUGAUAAUUAGAAUCUGAUUUUUAAGUGCUUUUGAACAAAAAUAAGACAAUGGCAUGUUUCAAAACUAUGGAAUGUUUGGUGGUUUUAUCAUGGAUUGGUAGAUCUGGGGAUGUUGCAUGCUUGCAAUGUUUUAAACCACCCGGAAUAGUGUGGAACCAGCAAAACAUUUUUGGCAUCCCUAAAACUGACUAAUUUUGUACUGUGUAUACGUAGAUGAGAUAAAAAAGAAAGCUUAAUAUAGAAUUUCAAGAACAUCUUCUUUGCUGCUGGAAUUUGUCAAGCCCUGCAGUAAAGUUAUAUGAUUUAAAUAUUUUUUUAAGUCUUAUGAAAAACCCUAGUCACCUUGCCUCCCUUGAGAGUUGGUACUUUUUAUCUCAAACUUACAGUUGCUUUGACUUCUUACCCAUGGUGAACAGGUUAUUUCUUUAUAAUAGUACAACUUUUGGAACAUUGUCUUACACUGAGCACUCAACUAUUAUAGUUGUUGUAGUAACUAUUUGACUUAAAAUUGUAAAACAGUUCAUGAUCUAUACCUUUUUUUUUUUUUUUAACUACAAAUACACACACUUUAGCAUAUCCCUUUUGAAAUUUCUGUUUGGCUUUUUUAGGACUAUAUAUGGCAGCUUAGAUGUAUUUAAGGACUUCAGCUAAUUAGAAUUUUUGUAAAAUGUACAUUUAAGCCCUUAGUUACUUAAGAAUAAUAAUUAAAAAAAUUAGUUUUGGAUACUGCUGCUUUAGCCUGUUAGAUAUAUUGCUUUACCAUCAAUUCAUUUGAGUAAAGUAUUAAUGAAUUGCACUGAUGGAAACAAAACCUGAUAAUGCAAUACUUUAGAUUUUUUUUUUUGUUUCUUUUGGGCAGAAGGAUAUUAAACUUAAAGAAAAUUGAAAUAAUAUCCUACACAUAGACAAUUAUUUGUUUUGGAGGGGGGGUUAAGUUUUUUAUUUUGUUUUAAAAUAAUUUGUCUGUUUAGACUUAAAGUAAUGGUAAAUACAAGCGUUUAACAAACGCUAGGAUUUACCAUCACUAAAAAUAAAGUGCAGUUUAAGUGAUCAGAUAUUAAAAAAAAAAAAAAAAGUGCUAAACUCACCCUUUCUGUGGAGCUGCACUUUGCUAAACUCAGCUGCUCCAGCCGCCCGCGGCAUAGCGCUCUUUUACCAAUGAGGUGAUGCUUGCACCUCUAAACCAAUAGCUGUGCGUGCAUACAGAACACUGUCUGUUGACACUGAAGGAGAGUGAUUUGCUGUGGGCUGAGUUUAGCGAUGUGCAGCGGCACAGAAAGGGGAGGUUUAGCACCCUUUUAAUAUCGCAUCACUUAAACUCCACUUUAUUUUUAGUGAUGGUAAAUCCUAGCGUUUGCUAAACGCUUGGCUUUACCAUCACUUUAAAAACGUGCAGAGAAUGCAGUUUUGUGAACUGUGGAGACCUAAAUAUCCAUUGCUGAUUGCCUGCUACAAAUAACUCCCACAGAUUUACUGGUUGCCAGAGGCAAGCCUGACAAAUAAGUUGUUAGCACACUAAGCAGUAAUCUUAAAGGGACAGUAAACAUCUUGUAAUUAUUAUACAUUUCUGUUGUGCUGCUAAAGAAUAACAUAUCAGCCAAGUUUUUAAAACAAAUUAACAUCCUUUUUUUCUGUAAAUAUUUUUAAUAGCCAAACUUAACCCCCCAUUUGUCUUAUUUGGAGGAGCCAAUCUGGGCUUUAGACAGCCAACUACUAGGUCAUAAAGUUAGUAUAAAAUGCAUUUAUUUGCAGUUAUCAGUUAAAGCCAAUUAGGGACAGAUAUUUACCAGAGUUAGCCUUGAAAAGUCAACAGGGUGCAUUUCAAGUUCUGAUUAUAAGAGUUAUAUCAGUUUUCAGAGCUAAAUUAGAUGAAAGGGUACACAAUAAAUAAUGAAAAUAUAUUGCAAAGUAGUUUUUGCUAUGUAUAACUAAACAUUUUAUAUAAAAAGCUCAAGGUGUUUACUGUCCCUUUUUUUAAAUACCCUUAAUUUGAAGGAAAAAUAUUAUCAUGCCCUUUCUAAUUAAAGCUACGUAAGGAAUCCAUGUAUAUAUGCAAGGCUAAAUAUUUAGGAUCUGGCAAGAAUAAUUUGUCCUCGGUCAAGGACAUCUAUAUAUCAAUAUAUGGAGGAGAAAAAAAAGCAAAAUGUUUGCAAACAAUAUAUUGUAGGAGCUGUAGUCCUUACAUUUAUGAGGUUAUACGAUACGGUUUACAUUUACUUAUAACUUCUUUACUCAGUGUGUGUAUGUAAGUCUGCUCAAAGAUAAAUAUAUGGGAAAAGGCUUGAUUUCUUCUAGUUGGUUAGUCCAAGAAAUUUCCUAACACUGUAUGGAUUAGUAACUUAGGAACUUGGUAGUGUUGAGGCAAAGUCAAUGUAUCUGCAUCUGUCAGUGGUGGCAGCUUUUUCCAAAUGAUAGCCUUUGUCACUCAUAUUUUAUUGCUUUAGACAAACAAAAUCUAAUCCUUGGUUAGUAGUCGUCAUAGACAUUUAAAGGGACAUUAUACACUCAUUUUUUCUUUGCAUAAAUGUUUUGUAGAUAAUCUAUUUAUAUUCCCCAUAAAGUUUUUUUUUUUAAAUUAAUGUAUAGUUUUGCUUAUUUUUAAAUAACAUUGCUCUGAUUUUCAGACUCCUAACCAAGCCCCAAAGUUUUAUGUGAAUACGCUCGACUACCUACUCCAGCUUGCUCCUGUUUGUGUAAAGGGUCUUUUCAUAUGCAAAAGAAGGGGGAGGGGGGGAGUGUCUUAUUUGCCACUUGCAGUGGGCUUUCCAGCUGCCUUUUCAACAGAGCCAAACUGACAGCUUCUAAGUAAGUUUUUAAACAGUUUUAUACUGGAUUUUUAUAUCCGUAUCUGUGCAUAUUAUUCUUUAUAGUAGUGUCUAUUACAUGCAGUUAUAUGAAAAUGAGUGUAUACUGUCCCUUUAAUAGAUAUUUAAUUAGUUAUACUGCUACCACUACCGGAGUGUCAACAAAUUAUAAAUUUCCUUAAUAGAAUGGUUUUCCAUGAACACAUUGGGCUAGAUUUUUCAAGCAGGGGCGUCCGCCCCAGCUCACCUCUGGUGGGCAGCAAUCCGCUGGCAAAUUCAACAUUGCACACAAGUGCUAUUUUGCGCUCAUGUGCAUUCCCGCCCGCGCACAGCCAAUCACACGCAGGCAUGAGCUUUUGACCGGGGAGAUUGGAAUUCUCCACCUAAAAGGUGGAGAAGAGGGUAGGUAAGCAGCGGUCUCGUGAGCGCUGCUUGAUAAUUCCUGACUGUAGGUUCCUUUGUGAGAACCUACAGUCGUAGGGGAGGAUGCGGCUUGAUAAAUCAAGCCCCUUGAGUGCUUCGUGAUUUGUGCACAUCAGACAUGGCAGCACCUCCUUUUCAUCUCCUAUAAAAACACCAUUAGAAAGAUUUCUGAUAAUAUAGUAGAUCAGAACCAUAUUGUGUCUACACACAAUAAUAGAUUGCAUUGAUCUAAGAAUUUCCUUUGCACACUUAAAAAUCUAACAUGCACUUUACUGUAUACACUACAUUUUCUACCUCUGCUAAGCAAAAAUAGCCAUAAUCAUUUUGGAUUUGUGUUGCUAAAUAUGUAGUACAAAAUGUUAAUUUGUUGAAAUCUUCAUUUACAAGUUGAAUAUUUGUUUGUGGUAGGAAUUUGGAACUUUAGUAAUCUUUAUUAGUAAAUAAGAAUACUACUUUAUAGAACAAGCAUAAUUAAAGGGGCAUUGUACUGUAAAUAUUUCUCCUCUUUAAUGUGUCCCAACAAUUUGUGUUACCUGCUGGAGCAUUAGCAGCCAAAAGUGUUAAGGCACCUGAUGAGCAGCUCAAAUAAUAAAGUACUCCAAAUACUCAGUUCAUAGCAAUUGGAUAGAUACAAACUCUCACCUCACCCGUUGUCAUCUAGACAGAGGAUCCCAAACAGUCCGUGAUACCUCGCCAAACAAUCCAAGCCGGUCUUGGGGGAAUCCCCGGUGGCUUCUAGCUCAAUGCGCACACAAUCGCCAAUGUUAAAGAAAAUUAUUCCCUCCAGGAGCCUUCGGGCUGUCGCGGGUCCCCUAUUCGGUUUACUCAAUGUAGGCGGGUGACGUCAUCAAUCUGUUGCGAUCUCCUUGUAGUGGUGGGUGGGAGUGAUCAUUGCAAGGGGAAACCUCAAUGAUGUGCUACACCCGUUCUCCGGUCACAACAUCUCACGAACAUCCAAUAGAGGAUUACUCUCGUUGAGAAUUAAAAAGUAACUUUUAUUAUACAAUAAAAGUUACUUAUUCCCCAUGAGAGUGCUCCUCUAUUGGAUGUUCGUGAGAUGUUGUGACCUGCUGGACCAUAUCAAAUUGUUUUGAAAUAACUCCUUUACCUUUAGUUUGUAAAUAGUUGCUUUUGCCUAAACAAUUGACAGAAAGCUGCAAUCAAAUUCCUAGUGGGAGACAUAGGUAAUACAAUGUUCCUUGUCUACCGCUCUUUCUAAGAAUUUGCUAUUGUGUAAAGACAGGUAAGAUAUGGGGGUAUUAAUGUAUAUAGAGAGAUACAAUUUGGAGGUCUUCUAUUUUUGCAGGCUCAACCUAUUUAUAUGGGAAUGUCCUUGAAAACAAUGGAUUAAGGCUUCAAUCAUCAAAACAAACAUCUAUAGAUGCUUAUCAAAAUAAACAAAAAGUAGCAAUUUCCCAUACAUUAUAUUCUGUGUCUUGUAGAAGUCACUGGGAACACGUUUUUAAUGUAGAAAUUUCCAUUUAAGGAGACAGAAAUUGAACAAUAAUGCAGAUACAGUGUGCCAUUUUAAAUCUUUCUCUUUUACUUCUAUUAUCCAAUUUCCUUCAUUUUUUUUUGUAUUCUUUGUUGAAAAGCAGGUUAUGUAGGAUUUAGGAUUUUUUAAUGCACUACUGGGAGCCAGCUGGUAAUUGGUGGCUGCAUAUAUAUUCCUCUUGUCAUUGGCUCACCUGAUGGGUUCUCCUAAGUCCCAGUACUGCAUUGCUGCUCCUUCAACAAAAGAUACUAAGGGAAUUAAGGAAAUUUAAUAGAGAUCAAUUGGAAAGCGAAAACUUUGGGGUCUCUUAUAACAUGCCAAAAUUCUUAUGUAAAUUUUACCUGGUAUUUCUAUCUCAACAUUUUGUUUAUGGCUUUUUAUAGAAUUAAAAUGUAUUCUUUUGAGCAGGAUAUCUCGGGGGGGUUUCUCACUGCAUUGAUAUUUACUUAAAGGGACAUUCCGGUCAAAAUUUAAAUGCACAUAGAUUAAUUACAUCUUUGAAUAGAAACAUAUUUGCAAUAUACAUGCAUUAGCAAAAAUGCUUCUAGUAAAAGUUAUCACUGUUUUAGUGUUAGCAUUUUUCUCUGCAUGUGAAGCAUAGCUAGACAUGCUCAGUUCACCAGCAUUUUAAAUGCUGUACCUGCUUAGAGUGCCAGUGGGGACUGAAUCAUGUAAGAAAUUAACAAAUUGAGUCAUUACCAGAUGGUACAAGCACCUUAGGCUCUCUGAGCAAGUGCUGUGAUUAAAAUGCUGGUGCACGGUGCAUACUUAAAUACACUUUUGAAACAGCUGUAGCUUUUAUUAGAAAUAUUUUUGCUAAUACGUGUAAAUUACAAAAAAUACUUCUAUUCAAAAUUGAAAUAAAUCCAUGUGGAUUGAAAUUUUGGCUGGAAUGUCUCUUUAAUCCAGUCUCAUCUGCAUUCUGAAAGCACAAAAGGAUAUGCUCAAAUGUUUCAUUAAUGUUAUUUGUAUACCAAUCUUAAAAUAGUUUAUCUUGCAGAUCUCUUCAAUGCUAAAAUAUUAGACAUGUUCUCCUUUAUACUCCCUGACUUCUAAAUAGAGACACCCUCAUUUUUAGUGUGUUGACAUUAUUUUAGAAAGAAAAAAAGCUAUUUAAUAGCAAUUUAAAAUAAAAUGUGUGCAGGUUUUUUAUUAAAUACUCAAGACUACAUUUAUUUAGUAUUUAAAUGUGCAAGUACAAAUGCACUUUGUAAAUAUACAGUUUGUGAAUCAUCUCAGGAUAGUCUAAUACUUAUCCUUGAGGACUGGAGACCAAUCCUUUUUUAAGUAUCUAUCUGUAUGAGCUUAGGUGGGUCAGUGUCUCUGGUAAGCAUGUUAGCUCAGGCACUUAGAUUUUUACAAACUGACAAUCUGGACUGUCUCCAGGUAUUUGAGAGAAAUCUUAGGCAAACCUGUUAAAUAUCAUAAACUGUAAAACACUUGUAAUUUCCAUAUUUUUGUCUGUUAUAAGCUUUAUUAUCAAACUUUCCAACUUUUAAAUUGUGACCUUAUCUUCCCUUAAACCAAAGAAUGUUUUUAAGUAAAAUGACGCAAGACAUUAGUAAUUGCUUUGAUUGUACAGUUGUUUUAGGACUGUUUCUCCAUAAUUUUCACACAGACUGAGAGCAGAGAUUCUGUACGCAACUUAUUUUUAAAAUCUAAAAUCUUGGCAUUUUAGACUUUCAAUAAUGACAAGACUAAUUCAAUUUCUCAAAGUGUUUAACAUAAUUGCAAAUAUUUUCUUAGUUUCUUAAAUGAAGGGUUGGUAAUAAAGUAUGCCCAAGCAAAUGAGAUCAGGUAUUUGUAAUUCACCUUGAAGAUAUAAUAAUCUUCUUUAUAUGUAAACUACACACUGUUCUAAAUUGUCAGUAUAUCCAGAAAUUAUGCCUAAAAUGAAUUGCGUGUAAUGUAUGGCCAAUCUUUUAUAUAUUUGAAUAGUGAAAUGCAUUUUUCAUUUAUUAAAGAGUUAGUUUUGUCUUAGGAAAUCUGAAGAAUUCGUAGAGCAAUAUACCAAUCAGUGUUUGAACAUAUUCAAUGCAAAGUAAAUAACACUAAACGUUUUGCACAUCUGAUAAAUUGAUCAGAUUGAUGUGCUUGAUAAUCCUGUAUUUUUUUUUUUUAAAUAAAAUCUUUAUCAUCUUGAAUAUAUGUAGUAUAAUUGUUUACGUUAGUUGAUAAAGCAUGCCAGUAUAUUAGGUACAUAAAUUCUGUUACAUUUUCCUUAUGUAAUAUCUUAAAAUUGGUGAUUUUGUUUCAUAUACCUGUACUUAAGUACAAAGCUUUGUAUAUUUGUAACUAUUGUCAUGCUAUAUAACUUUUCCCACCAACCUGCAGACCAAAAACUUGUCAUGCCUUGUCAGCAAUAUGUAUAAUUCAAGUUAUUGACAAUCUUUAUCUUUUUUUUUUUAACUUGAUAUUUUGGUUCUGAGUGAACCUCACACACUACACUGAUCAAUGCUGAAUAUAUUUUUACCCACUUAAUAAAAUGUAUAUAUUU